GUUAAUUUUUAGUUCCAUUUAUCCAGAUGGUGAGAUCUUCUCAUCGCUCUGGUGAGGCCAAGACGUUCUCUUACUGAGUGUGAAGGUUCUUCCACACUAGCAGAACGCUCUCCCAGCCAUAAUCAGGGGGUUCUUAGUGGGACAUUUGAGGUCCUCAGAGAUCUUCUGGCCAAACAUCUCAUUCUGUCCAAGAUAAGGUCAUUUCACCCAGUCUGAAGAUGGUCCCAUCCCAAGCUUAGGUUUCAGUUUCAGCCCAAAUCAGAGUUCUAUCUGUGAAGAUGUUUCCAUCAUGGGUUCUUUUGCCCAAACUCGGUGGUUCCGAUCAAACUGUGUGUCUUCAGAUGGUUCCACUGCUCCUCUAAAAGACUAAUUUACUUUAAGGUCACGUCUUAAUUAUUGUUUAUCUGAGGAGGACUGAAGAUUGUGUGUGUGUGUGUAGACCUUUGAACCAGUUGCUCAUUGACAGAUUGUGGAAGUAUGCAUGCUCUGAGAAACACACACACACACACACCAUGAUGAAGAUACGGAGCACCUGCUGCUAGAAGGAAGGAAGACUGAGGAGCUGUGUGAACAAUGGCUGAUGUUUUUAGGAGAUGGAGGGCAGGUUGGGGUUUUCCCACUACGCUGUUGUGUGUUUAUGGAUUUCUCAGCUCGGUGAAACCGAUAGAACCGUUUCUGAUCAGCUACAUGACCGGACCGGACAAAAACCUCACCAUCGAGCAGGUGACUAAUCAGAUUUUCCCAGUGUGGACGUACUCGUACCUGGCCGUCCUACUUCCUGUCUUCCUGCUCACAGACUGGCUGCGCUACAAACCCGUGAUCAUGCUUCAGUGCUGCACGCUUUUCCUAACCUCUGCUAUGCUGCUGUGGCUAGAGAGUGUAGCGGAGAUGCAGGUGAUGCAGUUCACCUACAGCGUGGUGACAGCGUGUGAGGUGGCAUACUUCUCCUACAUCUACAGCGUGGUGGAUUUGCAGUUUUACCUGAAAGCCACGUCCUUCUGUCGCUCUGCUCAGCUGAUUGGCUACACCGUCGGUUCUGUCGCAGGACAGAUCCUGCUUUCACUCGAAUUAAUGUCAUACUACUACAUCCUGGUGUUCACAUUAGUGCUCAUCUCCAUUUCCUCCAUUGCUGUACUCCUCCUGCCCAUGCCCAGCACCAGCAUGUUCUUCCACCAGAGUAAACGGAGAGAGGAAGACAUGAAUCAGGAGGAAGACUGCGGUGAGACAGACAAGACAGUGGAAACAGAAUGUACGAGUGGUAGUGUAGAUGUAGAAAUGAUGGAGAACAAGCAGAAGAACUCACUCACUCAGAAGAAGGUUCAGGAAGAACCUGGAGCAGAUGUGGAGAAAUCAGGUUUUAGUAAAACUAUGCUGCAGCUCUGGUCAGAUUUCCGAUGCUGUUUCUCCUCCACUGAAAUGCUGAUCUGGUCAGUGUGGUGGGCCAUGGCGACCUGUGGCUACAAUCAGACUGUGAACUACGUUCAAGCGCUGUGGGAAACCGUGGAGCCGAGCCAGAACAGCACGCUCUACAACGGAGGAGUCGAGGCUGUUUCCAACCUGUUCGGUGCAGCGUCGGCGUACGGUGUUGGGUUCAGCCGUGUUAAUUGGUCUCAUUGGGGUGAACUGGCUCUCGGCUCGCUCUCCGCCCUCAGCAGUGCAGCGCUCUACGUCAUGGUCUUCAUCUCCAACAUCUGGGUCUGUUACGGCGGCUACAUCGUCUUCAAGAGUCUCUAUAUGCUGCUCAUUACCAUCGCCAUGUUCCAGAUUGCUGCUGGUUUGUCUGUAGAGCGUUAUGCGCUGGUUUUUGGAGUCAACACCUUCAUUGCACUCGUUCUGCAGACGAUCCUCACCUCCAUCGUUGUGGACAGCAGGGGACUCGGCCUGGACGUCAUAACACAGUUUAUUAUCUAUGCCUCAUAUUUCUGCCUGAUUGCUCUGAUCUUCUUCGCAAGAGGAGUGUACAUGCUAUUCCUGCAGAGGGCAAGGCAGAGAGAACCCGAGCCGAACACACACAGCGAUGCAGGACAGGCUCACGGCUAUUCAGUGAAACUCUAAAGUCCAGAUCAGCUGCAGCUCCUCAGUUCAGACUCCCAGAGUGUGGGAACGAGAUGAAGAUAUUAGGAAAUAACUUUUAUAUGUUUCUGGAAAUAUACAAAAUAUAAACUGAUAUUCACAGUGCAAUUAUUAUUAUGUCAAAUAUUGCUGUAUCAUCAUUAUUGUUAUUGUAUUUUUGAAUGAAAUGAGUCCAGUAAGCAGUGUUAAUCAUACAAAAUGUGCAAUAAUACAAAUAAAUAGUUCA